AUGUUCAUUCUCGUGGGACUGCCAGUGGAGGAGGAUGGUCUCCGCCCGACGGAAGACCAGAUCUGGGAUGAAUAUGGGCUGCGGUCCAGCAGAAUACUCCUCCCGUCAUUCACAGGCGUGUCUUUGGAGGGGAUAGUAAACCAGGUGGAAAGGCUGGGCUCGCUGGAGAAGUCCUGCGAGGGCCUCCUCAAGACAUUCAUGGGGUACUGUAGAGAAAACAGGGUAGGAAAGGGCAUUGUGUAUGGGAGCACGGAAGAAAUAGGAGACUUUCUUGAAUGGGACAGGCAGAGCUUUGUGACCAAUUCCAUUGAAAAGGCAAUUUUGCUCCUUGAUGGAGAGUACAGGAGGAUCAGCAAGGCGUAUGAGGAGAAGGCUGAGGAGUUCGAUGGGGCAAAGAGGGAGUGUGAAAAACUCCAGAGGCUUACAAGAGGGAGCCUAUGCGACAUCGACCUUGGCAUAAUAGUUGAAAGGCCGGAGGAAUACGAAUUCCUUAGGGUGCUGUAUGUAGUUGUUCAGAAGGCCAGGGUUCCAGAGUUUAACAGAGCUGUGGACGAGUCACCGCACAUAUCGCUGGACGCUGUUGAGAAGGUAAAUAGCGACGAAGAGUAUGAGCUUUUCAAGGUCUAUGUUCUGCACCAUGGCGAGGAGGAUGUGAGGAACAUGAUCCAUGCCGAAGGGUUUAUGGUCAAGGACCUUGACAAGAACAUGGUUUCCUCUGAAGAGAUGAUUGCAAGAAGGAGAAGGGCUGAGGAGAAGUUUUCGGCAAUGGAAAAGAUUCUGAUGACAUUUAUGCAUGUUCAUCUAACGGAGGUUUUUCGGAUACUGAUCCACAUAAAGCUCCUGAGGCUGUUUGUGGAGUCAGUCUAUAGAUACGGUCUUCCUACGGAAUACAUGUUCUUUGUGACAAGGGGCGAGAAGUCGAAGGUUCUGGCCCAAUGGAUAGCCAUAGCCAAGAACUGGCCCUCAGACAGGAUUGUAUAUGAAGAAGAGGGCGACAACAACGACGAGGGCGAGAUCUUUUUUGCCUUUUCAGAGAUCAGCACAUAUGGCGAGGAAGAAUAA